GGCUAGGAUAUAACCGGGUAGGAUUAUUUAAAUAGGAUCACUUCGACCACCCAGCUACUUCAAUCUCACAUCAUUUUCAAGAUUGCACUGACGAGACGAAACUACAAUUCUGACGCGGCUGUGACGUUAUAAAUUUAUAAAUGUAGACUUAAAUUUUGCAUUGUGGAGAGGCGGUUAUUGUGCUUAUCGUCUUUUUUAUUAUAUUAUUCUUCAAGUAAACACGAAGUGUAUUGAUAUUUCCGUGAAAAGCAGGUCAAGACAAUCACCAUGGCUGCCGACCCUGCCAGAGAAAAGGCGCUGCAGGAUUACAGGAAGAAAUUGAUGGAACACAGAGAAGUGGAAGGCCGCCUCAAAGAGAUGCGCGAACAGCUCAAGGAACUUACCAAGGAGUAUGACAAAUCGGAGAACGAUCUGAAAGCACUGCAGAGCGUGGGACAGAUCGUCGGCGAGGUUCUCAAACAGCUCACCGAGGAUAAAUUCAUCGUGAAGGCGACCAACGGUCCGCGGUACGUGGUCGGCUGCCGGCGACAGCUGGACAAGACCAAACUGAAGUCGGGCACGCGCGUGGCGCUCGACAUGACCACGCUGACCAUCAUGCGGUACCUGCCACGCGAGGUGGACCCCAUGGUGUACAACAUGUCGCACGAGGACCCCGGCAACGUCACCUACAGCAGCGUCGGCGGUCUCGGGGAGCAGAUCCGAGAGCUACGCGAGGUGAUCGAGCUGCCCCUGAUGAACCCGGAGCUGUUUAUCCGUGUGGGUAUCACCCCGCCCAAAGGAUGUCUGCUCUACGGGCCGCCCGGCACCGGCAAAACGCUGCUGGCGCGCGCUGUGGCCGCCCAGCUGGAUGCCAACUUCCUCAAGGUGGUAUCGAGUGCCAUCGUCGACAAGUACAUCGGCGAGUCGGCACGUCUGAUCCGCGAGAUGUUCAACUACGCCAAGGACCACCAGCCGUGCAUCAUCUUCAUGGACGAGAUCGACGCCAUCGGCGGCAGGAGGUUUUCGGAGGGCACCUCAGCCGAUCGUGAGAUCCAGCGGACUCUGAUGGAGCUGCUCAACCAGAUGGACGGAUUCGACUCGCUCGGACAGGUGAAGAUGAUCAUGGCCACUAACCGUCCGGACACUCUGGACCCGGCCCUGCUGCGACCCGGCCGACUCGACAGGAAGAUCGAGAUCCCGCUGCCCAACGAGCAGGCCCGGCUGGAUAUUCUGAAGAUCCACGCCGGCCCCAUCACCAAACACGGCGAUAUCGAUUACGAGGCCGUGGUGAAGCUGUCGGAUGGCUUUAACGGCGCCGAUCUGCGGAACGUGUGCACAGAGGCGGGCCUGUUCGCCAUCCGCGCCGAGCGCGAGUACGUCAUCGACGAGGACUUCAUGAAGGCUGUCAGGAAGGUGGCCGAUAACAAGAAGCUGGAGAGCAAGCUCGACUACAAACCCGUCUAGGGUGGGUGGGGAUGGUAAAAUAGAGGUAUCGGUCAUCUCAGUUGUCUUCGUCAUCCUUCGGUGAGGCAGUGUUUGUAAACUGUGGCUUGGGAUGGCGGUAUUUGAGUACCCAGCUGAGGUGCUUGGGUUCAUUUGCAGUCCGACACCGUUAUAACCGCUGAAGAGCCUUUCCAGAAGCGGCCGCUGAGCAGACACACGGCCGUGACUCUGCCGCUGUACAUAUUCAGACUGCUGGCGUGUUUCUGACGUCAAGCACCGUUGUGUUUCGAGCCGCCGCCUGCCGGUCGAGCGACCACCUACCGGCUGCAACCACUUCUCAUGUCGACAAAUAAACUGACACGAUCGGAA